AUGGACCCAUUUGGCCUUUUCGCUGACUUCAUCGAAGAACUGAGUCAAACGAAUGCCGUCGAACAAUCUCGACCUACCGUUCCAGUUGGCGAACAAGAUCCACUCGCCAGCGGAUUGGCCUUGUCGACACGCACUUCAGAGAAAGGUGAUUGUGCCAUACAAUUGAUCAACCCCGUCAACGAAAACAUUCAAGCUUCUCAUACUCAGCAUUCUUCCACUGUGGCACCAUCACCAAACACCCACACACCAAUGUACAUGAAUCCCUCCUCGACUACUCGAACAUGGCUGGACAUGGACCCGAUAAGCCAUGGAACAUCUGACAUCACAUUCGAUUCUGGAUUCACCACUCUAUCACAGUAUCAGAAUAGUACCAUCCAACAGGACCCAAUGACAUUUACUUAUCAUCCAGCCUUGGACAAUUUACACCAGCAUUACCAUAGCGGCCAAACGCCUCCAUGGACUGCGUACCAGUCAUUUGCAUACAUGCCCCCUGAUCUGCACUAUCUGCAAGAUCACGGCCAACCACUCACCCAGUCACACCAGCCAAACCAGUUCUCAGGACACUUACCCGACGCUUCAGAACUAGUGUACGAUUAUCAGUGCCAGGACCCUUUAUGUAAUUGCCAAUACUUCCAUCCGCCAAUUCCCUACGCGACGAACAACGAGACAGCCAUGAGAUUCAAAGACGAAUGGACUACGCACGGACCCUUGUAUCAAUCCAGACCAACAGAAAGGCAUUGA